AUGUCGAACGACACCGGCGGCUGCCCCGCGCCAUUCCUCUCGAACGCCCUCUUUACGGAUGGCGGAUUUAUUGAGGGGAGAGUGUGCCAGGCCCUCAGCCCCGAACUCACCUGCUGCUUGCCCUGUCCCAUGACAGAAUGGGCUUACCCUGAUAGCUUCGAAGCCAUGAACUCGGCGGCGAAUUGGGUUGCCGUUGCGAGUACCGUUUUUUGCCUGUUCCUCCUGGUGUCCUGGGCAGCCCUCCCUGUCGACAAGACACACAGGCACUAUCUGAGCAUCAGCCUUACCACCGCCGUUUUGUUUAUGAAUCUCGGUUUUGUCAUUCCGCUCGCAGGCAACCCAGACCAGUGCUAUGAUGCAAUCACACCGAACUCAAUGAGCACAAAUUCGAUGUGUGCUGCGUCAGGCUUUUUCCUCAUUAUGGGAGGUUGGGCUGGCGUGAUGUGGGUCUUCUUACGAUCGCUCUCCCUACACCUUCAGAUUUGCUGGCAGCUGGUUGUUGGCCGAAACUUCAUGUGGUUCUCUCAGGCUCUCGGUUGGGGCAUUCCGGCCAUCGGCGUAGUUCUCGCCUUCGUCUUGAGCGGGGUGUCGUUCCGGUUCGGACAGACGUGCCACAUCAACCACAAGAACAGCCUUGCCGAUCUCUGGAUCCCCCUGCUGAUCUUUGCGGGCUUGACCAUCAUAAUUCAGCUCGGGACUUUCGGCUAUUGCAUCAAGGUCUACCUCGCCUCUCUUGCCGACAACAGUGCCUCGACCGAGGGCUCCGGCAUGCCCUCCUACACGAACAGCAUCCGAACCAUGACGCCAAAGCAAGCCUAUCGCCGUGUCCGACGCGUCAUUGCGCUUCAAUGGAGAGGCAUCGCUAUUGUUCUCAUCAUUAUUGCCGACGUCAUCUUCUUCUCCAUUGUCUUCGUCUUCCAGGAUAAUACUAUAGAGCGAGUCAAGAACGAUAUGCAGAUUGCGUUUCCCUGGAUAUUAUGCCUAGCUUCAUCAGGGGGAGACAAGUCUGCGUGCUUGGACGAGGCUAGCCCGCUGGUUGUUAACCAGGCGACCGUCGGGGCCGUCCUGUUUCUCCUAGGGAUGAACGGCUUCUGGCUCGCCCUUCUUCUCGGCCGGUGGUCAAUGGUCACGGGUUGGCGGGAUCUGUUCACCUCUGUUCCAAACCGGAACAAGAGGGAGUUCGUCUCAGUCGACGCACGGCUGGACGAUUUCAAGAAUGAAACACGUUCGUACGAGAUGCUGUCCCGGGACUCCGGGAAGGCCAUGGACGAUUCAGUAACACCAUCCGUAGUGACUCCCAUCUCCCCGACACAUGCUAGGUCGCCGCUGGGUAGCCCGAUGCAGAACGAUUACGCCUAUCCCAGCAAGGAAGGCCGCCGCACUCCGGACUACUUUGGCAACACGGCACGAUACCACGCACCAGCAAGAUCCUUUUCGAGCCCGCGCCCGCCUCAGACAGUGACGUGGGACGCCCGCGAAACGUACGCUCGAGCGCAAUCACCACACGCGGAACACGAUAGAUACGUCAACCCGCUGGGCAUGAACAGGAUAUGAAGAUUACGACGAGACGCAUGGGCGCAACUCCUUCAUUUAAUUUCUUCUUUUCGAGUAAAUAAUAUAACGAUCUGGAAACCUGUGGCCCUUGGCCCAUUCUGCCCAAUAUCUUGGAUUCUGGCGUCCGCAAACUCCGCGAGCGCUCCCGGCGAUCUUAUAUAUGCCACCAUAUCAGCGAAAGCGGACGCGAGUGGCCACAUCCCGCCACUCUGACCGGACGCGGUUGUCCGUCCCAACUACGGUGGAUUUGUUAGGAAUCUUGUCCGUCUUGCAUAUGGCGUAGACAAUGAGACGGGAAUAGACCGGAGCGACUGACAAGCUGGGCAAGGCUGGGGAUGAGAGUCUACUUAUUAGUGUAAGCCUGGAGGAGAUGACAGAUUCCGGGUGAGAUGAUCGACGGAUCUCUCGGGACGCACGGACAAUGGCGGCACGACCCCUGUCCCGUCGCUUACCCGCUUGUGUUGACCAGUCUCAUUA